GGCGGAGCACUCGGGGGGGCAGGUGGGCGGAACCGUCGUUGUGCCGAUGGCAGGGGGUGUGGCUUCUCCAGGCGCACGCUAUAACUGGAGCGGCGAGCGCAUCUCGCCAGGCGUUUGCUUUUUCCCCGUCUUUCCCAUCAUGAAGAAGCUGAUGGUGCGGCUGCUGUGGGCGCUGGCAGGACUCCUGUUGAUGCUUUCUCUUGCGACAAGUACCACAGAUCCUCAGUGUAACUUGUACACCCUGCCUGGAUGCCCAAGGAAUUUUAAUCCAGUUUGCGGAACUGAUGGAGAAACAUAUGCAAAUGAAUGUAUGCUUUGUAUGACAAACAGAGAGAAGGACAAGGACAUACAAAUUGCCUAUAAGAGUGCCUGUUCAUGAGAGGAGGCUCAAGGAACAGAAAAAACAGAUCCAUAAUCUGCUGAGAAGUUGAAACCAUACUCACUUUAAAUGUGCCUUUAAAGCUGUUAAAAUAAAUGCAAGCUUACAUGCCUUUGUCCAACUUCUGCAUCAGCUUACUUCAAAUGUUUUGUCGAAAUAACUUUUUUUAAAAAAAUUGUGGGUUUUUGUUUUUAUAUUUAAACCUAUUUUUUUAAAGAAAUCAUUCUGAAACAAUAGAAGAAAUAAGUACUGUACGAUCAUUUGGACCAAGCUUAAUUCAACUUGGAUAUAUAGAAAUCGGCAGCUCUUGGCCUCCAACUAAAGGAUGAAAGCAAGAAAUGCUCCUUUAAGUUUACUCAGACUGAGGAAAUCAACAUUUGGAACCAAAUGUACUUUCUAGCACGGAGAAUUUGCUCCUUCUCUGAUCAGAAAUGGGAC